GUCUAGGCCAGUGGGCGGUGGGGUGAGGGAGGGCUUUUGCGGCGGGCCUGCCUUCCAAGCGGGCAGCCGGGGGAAAUGUCCAGUGUCCCGCUGGGCCAGCCCUCUCCCCUCAGGGCGAAGGGAGGCCAGGGAGUAGGGCGGAGAGCAGGGGUCGCGUCACCAAGGUUUUCCCUGCUGUCAGUCUCCCAUAGUCCCCAGCUUUCCAGGUAGGGACGCCCCCUCCCACGCAGCGCGGUUCGGGCGGGUGGGAAGGAGGGGCUGGGCUCCGAGCGCCCGCCCCUCCAUCUAUCACAUGGCCGGAGAGCCACAAAAACAACAGCUUUGGCCAGGACCCUGGCUCCAGGAAAGGGAACCCAGGGCUCUUGCGACCAGCCCCCACCCAAUGGAGGAGAGUUUUCUUGAAUCCUUUGGGAGGCUGAGCCUCCGGCAGCAGCAGCAGCAGCCGCCUCGGCCGCCGGCCCCGCCGCCCCCGCGUGGGACACCUCUGCGCCGCCACAGCUUUCGGAAACACCUCUACCUCCUGCGAGGCCUCCCGGGCUCCGGGAAAACUACACUGGCCAGACAAUUGCAGCACGACUUUCCCAGGGCCCUGAUUUUCAGCACUGAUGAUUUUUUCUUCAGGGAAGAUGGUGCCUAUGAGUUCAAUCCUGAUUUCCUGGAGGAAGCUCAUGAAUGGAACCAGAAAAGAGCAAGAAAAGCAAUGAGGAAUGGCAUAUCCCCCAUUAUUAUUGAUAAUACCAACCUCCACGCCUGGGAAAUGAAGCCCUAUGCAGUCAUGGCACUUGAAAAUAACUAUGAAGUUAUAUUCCGAGAACCUGACACUCGCUGGAAAUUCAACGUUCAAGAGUUAGCAAGAAGAAACAUUCAUGGAGUCCCAAGAGAAAAAAUACACCGAAUGAAAGAACGGUAUGAACAUGAUGUUACCUUUCACAGUGUGCUGCAUGCCGAGAAACCGAGCAGAGCAAACAGAAGCCAGGACAGAAGUAAUGCAUCUCCUUCCGACGGUGCAGGGUAUUGGAACACCUACGCAGAGUUCCCAAACCGGAGGGCUCAUGGCGGCUUCAUUAAUGAGAGCUCCUUUAACAGAAGGGGUGGUUGUCACCAUGGAUAUUAGAGGUCUCUCUUACAGGCACUCAGAAUUUUCCUAAAUCAGUUUUUACUUCAAAUUUUGGUAUUUAUUCUUUGUUCAAUUGUAGUCAGAGCUCUAAUUCUAAUGUAAAUAGUCGAACCUGAAAGUUUUUGAGCAGAAGUAACUACAUUCAUCUUCAACAAGCAUUUGUUAAAGUGAUCCUAUAUGCAUGGCCUGAUGCUGGGAACUCUGCCGAUUUGAUUAAACAAAGUCCAUUUCUAUAGGGAAAGGAUUAAUUUGAAGCUGAAACCUGAGGACAUACCCAAGAACAUAGUCAGCCUUGUAGGUCCAUUAAUGAAAUGAAGUGUUUAUAAUAUAAAGCUUCAGUACCACUUUCUCUGAAGCAACCUAUUUUUUUUCCAGGAAAUUCAUCUCCAUCAGGAAAGUUGGAACAGUGGGGGAGGAGAAGUAGGAGGCAGGAAAAAUUUUAGUGCCAUUGCUACGCUGAUAAUCCAUGUAUCUAACAAUGUGAGAUGUGUGGCUGUAAUGAUGAUACUGAUUUUCCUUUGAAAUGAAUAUGGCAGAAAGUACACAUCUAAGGGAAUAUUGUCCUUCAAAGUAGACACUUUGGGAAAUUAUUCCUUUAUUUUAGUGAUGUAUCAUUGUUAAACAUGUCUGUCAAAAUCCUUCUUAUUAGCUAUACAAGCUACUGAGGAAAAUCAGUGUCGUUACUUAAAGUCGCAUCUUGUGUUUUAACUACCACUUUAUUGAACAGGGUUAAACCUGAAUAACUUUUGGCUGUUGUGCUAAUAGUGUAAAUAAAACAGGCCUGCUUUUAUAAAACACCAAUUUUUAAGAGGAAUAAUCAAGCAAUUUUUAACAUUAUGCCUAUAAACAUGUAUAUAAUGACAUGGCAGCCCAAAGUUUUGGGAGUGCAAGGAAUUAAGCAUCCGAGGACGCAGAUCCUAUGGAGAUAGGUAAAAGUCACACUUGUCUUAAGAUGAGCAGUCUUGGUAUUUUUAUGUGGCAUUAAGACAGUAAAGUUCUACCACUUCUCUUAUACUAAUACUGAACUAAUGAAUCCAAAUUAAAUCUCAGCAGAUUGAAAUCAGAUUAGUUUGGUGUGAGACCACGAUAGAUAAGAUCAUGUAGGAUGUAUGCUUUAUUUCUUGUUGGCCAACAGCUUUCUAAUGUUUUGUGAAGUAUUAUUUUUAAGUGUCCUAUCUAAUGGUGCUUUUAUGGUUAUUAAAAUUAUAUAUGGUAUUGCUUUUAAUGGAUUUGUCAUUGAAUCUAAGGUUUUAGUUUAAGAAUAUAAAAAAAUUUAAUUACCAUAAAUUCCACAGAAUCCUACAGUAUUAAGAACCAGCUUUUCUAUAUCAUAAACUUAUUUACCAGUCUUCAAUGAAUAGGUAACAAAUGCAACCUGAUAUUUUACUGGCUUAUAUAAAUGAUUUGAUCUGUACACAUUAGAAAGACUGUAUUAUUACUUUAACAUUCCAUUAUCUAACACUAUUGAAAUCUAUACAACAUCUUGACUACCAGCAACGCAUCUGUAAUUUUUUUCUUCAUUAACAUUAAAAAAAUUGGUGUCUCCUUUGAGUAGCCAAGUUUGGCCAACAAACUAAAGUUUAGCGAAUCUGAAUGAUUUUAAGGUAUAGUUUUGCUAAAUUCUGUAUGUCCAAGCACAACACAUAAUAAUCUAAUAAUAAUGAUGAUCCACAUGACAACUGCCCUGUUUUCCAGGCCCAGGUAGCUCUGGGUAUCCUAGUCAAUGUGGUCACUGCAGAACUAGCUCAGUCUGGAUGGCUUGACUCAUUUAGGAUAGUAGACCAAGAAGUGGCAAAGAACCGAGGUGGGAACGCCUUUCCUUUGAUCCCAUGGGAGCAGCCUAACGGACCAGAACUCAAGCCCUCCUGACUUAGGUCUGACUCUCUACUUAGGGCUUCUGGUUCACCUGGGCUGGACUGGGCUGGGCCACUAUGGAGAAGUAGCCCCAGGUUACAAGUGCAAAGCUUUUAAAGAGCUCAGAAUAGCUUCCCUGUUUAUUUGCCUGUUUUUCCCUGUGUGACUCCUAAAAUACUUUGUUUGGAAGCAUAAGAAUCAUUGAUUAAAUGCCACCAACUUUAUUUAUCCCACCUAGACGUGUUCUAUUUUUUCUCUCAACAACUCCCAUGGCUCCUGAUUUGUAUAAUUUUACUGACUUGUUUUAUGUAUUACCAUUUGCAUCACUCUUAGAACUGGGAUAGUGCUUUACAGACAGAGUAGGCUCUGAUUAAGUGAUUGUUGAGUAAGUUACACAGAUUGCUUCUACCAUUUAUCCCUUAUCAUGCAGUGUAUAUUGUUGACUUUGUAAUCAUUAAAUUGUCAUUUACUAUGUGGGGGGAUGAUAUUCACAUAUACUCAAGCUUCAUAUUUUUCUCAUACAAGUUGGCUAUAUUGUUUAUAAUUUAUAAAAAGCAGUGUGUGCAUUAGAUGUGUCUGCAGUGGGUUGUCUAAAUGGUAAUGAAGAAUGAAGGAGGUUAUAGCUCAAGUUUUUCCAGGAAUCAAAAAAAAAAAAAAGGUUAAAUUUUUAAAUUUUUAUAAUUCUUUGUUUCCCUGACACUUGAAGUUUUAUUCCCUGUUCUGGAGUGGAUCACUGGGAAGAUGAUUAGGAUGUGAAGACCAAAUUAUUAUAUGAACAAAACUUAAAUCACAUUAAUAAGACUGGCAGAACACUUAAGUUAGAACACUAGAGUAGACUACUAUGUUAAUGAUUUUGAGAACAGAGAAAAAUCAUGGGUCACAGUUAUGGAAGGAAACAAAUUGCUUUUUAAAAGGAUCUAUUCUUGGCUUUAAAAUGUGUUUAUAAUGAGAUCUGAUAACAUGAUACUGUAUAUAAAUUUAAGACAUAUUAAAAGACCUGAUUUAAGA